AUGGUGCGUUGGACUAUCACUGGUCUACAACAAGGCGUUGUUCAUGCCAUUCAAGGCAUUAAGCUGGUUGCUAGGAAUCCCAACAUUCGUCGCCACAAGUUCUUGAGGAUCAUUCUAUACCUGUCACUCAUCUCCUUUGUUCUUCUCAUCGUCUCGCGAUUGGUGAUCACCCUUCCGAUCUAUUUACUGCAACUACUCUUGAGCAUUGUGCGUUCCAACGACUCCCUUGCGACUGAAAAGUUCCUAGGUCAGGUUGAAAGCAAGCUGCAAGAUGUCAUUACUGCACUUCCGUUCCUGGCACUCUUAUUCAUGCGUUACGCUUAUCCAAAACCACUCGACGAAUUAUUUAUGGAAUCCUUGCGAUACAUCGACUCACUUCAUCCCGAUCGUCCACCGUAUGCAUCAGCACUCGCUAAGCGUAAAUACCGAGAGGAAUACUGGGCCAACAUGAAGGGAUACUUUAAGCGCAUGGGCAAGAACGUGAAACUCGGGCUUGCAAUUUAUCUUUUAUCGUUGCUACCAAUUGUAGGUCCGUAUGUUUUUCCUGCUGCAGGUGCAUACACGACUUUUCGGUCAUUGGGUCAGACACAGGGAGCUGUAGUUGGUGUCUGUUUUUUGUUCAUGCCACGCUGGGCGACGAUAUCACUGAUCCGAGCAUUGAUUGGUAUGCGAGCAUUAAUGCGUGAGCUCUUGGAGCCAUACUUUGCCCGGAUGUCUAUGAGUCACAAGGAAAAGCGCCGAUGGUUCAGUGGAAGAAAAGAUGUCCUAUUUGGGUUUUCCGCUAUUGCUUACAUUCUAACUCGCAUCCCUAUCUUUGGUUUGGUGGGCUUUGGCAUCGCUCAGGCGGCUUCCGCUUACAUGUUAACCAUUGUCACUGAACCUCCCACACCUCCUAAUGAAUCGUCAAGCCCUCAAGCAAUCACAAAAACUCCCGUGGACAUCCCUCACCACCCAACACACAAUGAUUCUUUGAAAUCUCGAUCACGUAGUUCUUUGUCACAAUAA